AGUAUUAAGAUGAAAAUCCCAUCGUUCCAAGGAAAGAGUGAUCCCGAAGCAUACCUUGAGUGGGAGAAAAAGGUGGAGUUUGUAUUUGAUUGUUAUAGUUAUUCCGAGCUGAAGAAAGUCAAAUUGGCAGCAAUUGAAUUCUCGGAUUAUGCAAUUGUUUGGUGGGAUCAAUUGAUGAUAAAUAGGCGAAGAAAUAGAGAGCCACCUAUAGAUACGUGGGAGGAAAUGAAAAGGGUGAUGAGGAAGCGAUUUGUUCCUAGUUAUUACUACCGGAAGCUGUAUAAUAAGUUACAAAGUCUUAGGCAAGGUAACCGGAGUGUAGAGGAAUAUUUUAAGGAGAUGGAAGUGGCCAUGAUUAGAGCUAACGUAGAGGAGGAUCGGGAGGCUACUAUGGCAAGAUUUUUGGCUGGAUUGAACCGAGAAAUUCAAAAUGCCGUGGAAUUACAACAUUAUGUGGAGUUGGAGGAUAUGGUGCACAUGGCCAUCAAGAUUGAGAACCAGUUCAAGAGGAGAGGCAAUACACGUGCAAGCCAAAGUCCAAGCACAUCCACUUGGAAACCGAAUCAGUGGAAGAAAGAUGAGAAGCAAUCCACGUCGAUGUUGAAAAUCGAGCAAAAGCAAGAAGCAACCAGCCAUGUUCCUCAAGGUAAAACCGACAUUUCUACCUCCAGGAAUCGUGACAUUAAGUGUUUUAAAUGCCAAGGCAGGGGACACAUAGCAAGUCAAUGCCCAAACAAGCGGGUCAUGGUGAUGCGAGACAAUGGUGACAUUGUGACCGACACUGAAGAUUCCGACACCGAUGACAUGCCCCCAUUGGAGGACAUUCCCGAGGAGGAAUAUUUAGCCCCAGAUGCAUUGACAUUGGUGGCAAGGAGAGCAUUAAGCUUGCAAACAAAAGGAGUUGAAGAAGUCGCAACAAUGGUGGAAAAAUUAAGACUACCCAUGGUGAAGCACCCUAGGCCGUACAAGCUGCAAUGGUUGAAUGAUAGUGGUGAGAUAAGGGUGAACAAGCAGGUGUUAGUUGCAUUUCGAAUCGGUAAAUACGAAGAUGAAGUGUUGUGUGAUGUAGUACCGAUGCAAGCAGGACACUUGUUGCUAGGGCGUCCAUGGCAAUUUGAUAGACGAGUGAAGCAUGAUGGCUUUACGAACAAAUACUCCUUUGUACUUAAUCAACGAUCAAUCACUCUUGUACCAUUGACUCCGCAGCAAAUAUAUGAGGAUCAAGUGAGAUUGCGAGCAAUCAACAACAUAACGGUAAAGUAUCGUCAUCCUAUUCCUCGCUUAGAUGAUAUGUUAGAUGAGUUACAUGGUUCUUGUGUAUUUUCUAAAAUUGUUUUAAAGAGUGGUUAUCAUCAGAUUAGAAUGAAAGAAGGAGAUGAAUGGAAAACUGCCUUUAAAACAAAAUACGGUUUGUACGAAUGGUUAGUUAUGCCUUUUGGUUUGACUAAUGCUCCAAGCACUUUUAUGAGACUUAUGAAUCAUGUUUUGCGUGCAUUUAUAGGUAGAUUUGUGGUUGUCUACUUUGAUGAUAUACUCGUUUACAGCAAAAACUUAGAUGAUCAUAAGGUACAUUUGAAAUCUGUCUUAGAUGUGCUUAGGAAGGAAAAGUUAUUUGCUAAUAUGAAGAAGCGUACUUUUUGCACCGAUAAGCUUGUUUUUUUGGGUUUUGUUGUUAGUGCACAAGGUAUACAGGUUGAUGAGGAGAAGGUACGUGCAAUCCAAGAGUGGCCUAGUCCCACAAGUGUAAGUAAUAAAAACGUUGGAUUUAGAUGGGGAGAAGAACAAGAGAAGGCGUUUCAGCUAAUCAAAGAGAAGCUGACCAACGCUCCUUUAUUAUCUUUACCUAACUUUUCUAAAACUUUUGAGAUUGAAUGUGAUGCUUCAGGUGUUGGUAUAGGUGCAGUUCUCACGCAGGAAGGACGACCAAUUGCUUACUUCAGCGAAAAACUAAGCGGGGCAGCCUUAAACUAUCCAACUUAUGAUAAAGAGUUGUAUGCAUUGGUUCGAGCUUUAGAGACGUGGCAGCACUACCUAUGGCCUAAGGAGUUCGUGAUACACACCGAUCAUGAGUCCUUGAAACACUUGAAGGGCCAACACAAAUUAAACAAAAGACAUGCCCGAUGGGUGGAGUUCAUUGAGACGUUUCCAUACGUCAUUCGGUAUAAGCAAGUGCAGGAAUCACAUGGUGGGGGAUUAAUAUUUGUUCAUUCCGCUACUAAAUUUUCACCAUUUGAAGUUGUUUAUGGAUUUAAUCCUUUAACUCCAUUGGAUUUAUCUCCUUUACCUUUGACUGAGCAUGUUAAUUUAGAUGGCAAAAAGAAAGCUGCAUUUGUCAAGCAGAUUCAUGAGAAAACAAGACUCAACAUUGAGCGAAAAACGGAGCAGUAUACAAAACACGCCAACAAGGGCCGUCAUAAGCUGAUUUUUGAACCCGGAGAUUGGGUUUGGUUGCAUAUGAGGAAAGAGAGAUUUCCGGCGCAAAGACGUUCCAAACUGCUUCCAAGAGGAGAUGGACCUUUUCAAGUCCUGAAGCGCAUCAAUGACAAUGCCUAUAAACUAGACUUACCUGGUGAUGAUUUGAGGACAAAUCCUUUUCAAGAGGAGGGGAAUGAUGCAAAUCGUAGCACGAUUUCAAGGGAUCCAGUUCAAGUUCCAAUUGGACCGAUUACGCGAGCACGAGCAAAGAAGUUUAAAGAUGAACUCAACGGCCUAAUUCAAGAGUUGUUGUAUGUCAUAUUUUGA